AUGCCAAAAGUGUUUCGGCCAAAACUGGCCAAUCCCGUCGUUAAAGCAGCACCUAGCCAACCUGCUGCUUGUUCACCGAAACUAGAUUCCAGACCAAAGUCUCUUUCACCUGUGCGUUCGCCUCCAGCUAGAAAAGAUGCGUACUCCAUUCCAAAAGUAAAUCCCAUCCAACCUGUUGUGGAUAUAGAUCAGCCGGUUCCCGAAAAGCAGACCAUUCCUGUUCCUGAUGUCGGAGUGGAGUUAUUUUCUUCAAAGAAGAAAAGACACACAUCCGCAAAAUGUAACCGUGAUCCUUGUCCUGCCGCGGAUCAACCACUUGAUCGGUCCUCUGUGUCCUUGCGUUCACUUCUACACUGGAUCCCAACGAACAAGCCCCCUCCGUCCUAUCGGCUGGAACGGUCUAAUGCACCUUCAUCUGCCUCCUCAAUCGCGUCUGAAAAACAAGAACCAAAUGUGAAAGAACUCCCAAUCAAAUCCUCUUUGGCUUCAAUGACUACACCGGAAGUACCACCCUCGCAAUUGGACAUGUUGGCGCCUCAGCUUAGGUUAGACGCGAAUGGGAAUAUCGUAAUUGACGAAACCAGUUUGUUGGUCUCGGUGCAAGAGGAAACGGAUCGCAGUCAUUUGCGUCAUGUGACUGAAGAGGGAGGUGUGCUCGGUGUAACCUACAACAGUUUCCGUCGACCACGUGAUCGUCAACGGGGUCGUUGGACGAAUCGCGAGCUAAUUCGAUUCUAUCGCGCUUUGAGCACAGUUGGCCCGGACUUCUACCUCAUGACCAAUUUGUUUCCCAAUCGGACACGUUUGGAGCUGAAGCGGAAAUUCAAACGUGAAAACCGUGUCAAUCCUUACCUCGUCGACCAGGCACUGCGCAAUCGACGCUCUUACGAUUUGGCCGCGCUUGUCCCUCUUAGUGAUGACGACGAAGAUGAGGACGAUAUCAAGCCGACCGUGAAGACAGAAUCGCAAUCAACAGAAACUAAACCAUUGAGAAAACCAAGGAGACGAAAUCCACAGCCCGUCAACUCCGACACAUUGGACGAAAUAAUCGACUCCGUCCUGGCCAGGUACACCCGAGACACCUCUCUGCCUGUAUGUCCCUCCAACUCUAGUGAUGCGUCCGCCCCUCCGAGUACGAGCAACGGGGACUUACAGACGAAUGAACUGGUGUCACCAACGAAUCCACCGACUCAUGUCCGGGCGCCUGGGGUCCCCACGUUGCUACAACAGAUGAUACUUCACAAACAGCGCCAGUCCGAGUCCAUUGCGCAAUCAGAAGUUGAUAUGGUCGAGGAACCAAGCGAACCACCCACCUCUGUUUCUGUUCCCCAACCUCCUGUCGAGGUCCCUCGAACCAGGCAUUUUUCUAGCCUUUCGGCCACCGAUCGACUGUUGCAACUCAGCCAGUCUAUCUUAGGCGAUUGA